AUGCGAACCUCAUGGGCUGAUUCGGUCGCGGAAGCCGAGAGCUCGGCGGCCGCCACUGGUGCUUCUUCUGCUGUCAACGCCACCGCUGCUGCUCCUCGUUCCACUCGCAGUACCUACGUCCCUCCUCAUCUCCGCAACCGCCCGUCGUCUUCUGAGCCCCCGGCCCCCGCUCCCGCCGAGGCCCCCGCGGCUGCCGUGCGCCCGUCCGGGUAUGGUGGUCCUUCUGGCGGGAGCCGCUGGGGUGGAAGUCCUGUCCGUGACGCGGGCCGCCCGGGGAUUGGUGGAGGCCGUGGAGGGGGUGGUUGGAACUCCAGAGUUGGCGGAUGGGAUCGAAGGGAGCGUGAGGUGAAUCCUUUUGCAAAUGAUGAGGAAACAACUGAGGAUGCAUUUGAUGGCCCGGAGAAUACGGGCAUCAAUUUUGAUGCAUACGAGGACAUCCCUGUUGAAACGAGUGGUGACAAUGUACCACCACCUGUGGGCACAUUUGCUGAGAUUGAUUUAGGGCAAGAGCUGAAUGAGAACAUAAGGAGGUGCAAGUAUGUGAAGCCGACACCAGUCCAGCGCCAUGCGAUCCCGAUCUCCCUUGCAGGCCGGGACCUGAUGGCCUGUGCCCAGACAGGGUCAGGAAAGACCGCAGCUUUCUGUUUCCCCAUAAUUAGUGGGAUCAUGAGGGGGCAACCUGCUCAGAGGCCACGUGGUAUGAGGACGGUUUACCCACUCGCACUGAUUUUAUCACCCACCAGGGAGCUUUCAGUCCAAAUACAUGAGGAGGCUAGAAAGUUUGCCUACCAGACUGGAGUUAGGGUUGUUGUUGCUUAUGGAGGAGCGCCAAUCAAUCAGCAGUUGCGGGAUCUGGAGAGGGGUGUUGACAUUCUUGUGGCAACUCCUGGCCGUUUGGUAGAUUUGUUGGAGAGGGCUAGAGUUUCAUUACAGAUGAUUAGAUAUUUGGCCUUAGAUGAAGCCGAUAGAAUGCUUGACAUGGGUUUUGAGCCACAGAUUCGAAGAAUUGUUGAACAAAUGGACAUGCCCCCACGAGGCAUAAGGCAGACGAUGCUGUUCAGCGCCACAUUUCCUAAAGAGAUACAGAGAUUGGCUUCUGAUUUCCUUUCCACCUACAUCUUUCUUGCUGUUGGAAGGGUUGGUUCUAGUACUGAUUUGAUUGUUCAGAGAGUUGAAUAUGUUCUUGAAUCGGACAAAAGAAGCCACCUUAUGGACCUUCUUCAUGCCCAAAGAGCUAAUGGUGCUCAUGGAAAGCAAGCUUUGACUUUGGUCUUUGUAGAGACAAAGAAGGGAGCUGAUUCACUGGAACACUGGUUGUGUAUGAAUGGAUUUCCUGCAACCACCAUUCAUGGGGAUAGAACACAGCAGGAAAGAGAAUAUGCACUGAGAUCCUUCAAGAGUGGUGCAACUCCAAUCUUAGUGGCAACAGAUGUGGCGGCACGUGGGCUUGACAUCCCUCACGUGGCACAUGUUGUCAAUUUUGACCUUCCAAAUGACAUUGAUGACUACGUGCAUCGUAUUGGAAGGACAGGGAGAGCUGGAAACACUGGUCUGGCCACUGCCUUCUUCAAUGACAAUAACUUAAAUCUGGCAAGACCGUUGGCUGAGCUUAUGCAGGAAGCAAACCAGGAGGUGCCUGCAUGGCUCUCCCGCUAUGCUGCUCGUUCUUCCUAUGGUGGUGGUGGUAGGAACCGUCGAUCUGGUGGUGGUGCUCGCUUUGGUGGUCGGGACUUUCGAAGGGAUUCCUCCUACAGCAGAGGUGGAGGUGGUGAAUACUAUGGUGGGGGCGGUGGAUAUGGUGGUGGUGGUGGUGGUGGUGGUGGUGGGGGAUACGGGGGUGCAUCUUCAGGGUACGGGGGUGGCUAUGGUGGUCCGGGGGUAACUAGUGCUUGGGACUGACAUUAUCCCCAUUGUCUUAAACAACUUUUAAGUUCUAUUCACCCUUGUUUUCUAGAAUAUAAUUUUGAUCGAGUUGCAUACUUGCAGGGUUAAACAGUGGGUAAUUGCCCCUUUUUUGUUCUUUCUGUUCAUUCAGUAGUCUCUCUUCUUAUUGGUUCCCCACGGUGUUGUCUGGCAUUCUGGAUGGUUAAUGUGAUGGUGAAUUAAUGGUGGCGACUGACUUCCAGGUCAUGGGUGGGCUCUGUUUAGUUUUAUUUUCUUUUCUUCCUAUUUAUCCUUUUCUUUUUAGGUUGGGUGUAGUUUUGCUUGGUGGAGGGUUGUAGAAUAUGUGGUGAGAGUGGGAGGGGCUUUUUUGGGGCCUGUUCGUUUCAUCUCAUUGCAUGUUCUUUUCGACCUGCAUUAAUGGUGGGGGAGUAGACAAGAGCUAGGCUUUUGCUUUUUAUAUUUUCAUUUCGAGUUCUUGUUGUAAAUUUGAGAGAUUAACUGAAAUAAAUAUGACUGGAAGGGAGAAAAGGGGAUAGGAUGUCAAUUUGUAAUGAAAAAAGAGUAGUGUGUUUUAUGUACUGUGAUAUUGUUAUUUGGAACAGAUACUAAAAUAUAUUUUGUUUUCCAUC